AGCACGAAACUUAGGCGGUUUUACGCUUCCCUUCAUCACUUCUCUCUGGCUUUUUUCCCUCUUGCUGCCCGUUUUUACCGCCGUCCUCUCACCAUGCAGCGUGAACCUCCGAAGAGGAAGCAGGAGAAGUCGGAAAAGCGGCUCUUUGACCCCAUGUCCUUCGGGCAGGACCUGCUGGCAGGCGGGGUUGCAGCGGCUGUGUCCAAGACAGCGGUGGCGCCCAUCGAGCGGGUGAAGCUGCUGCUGCAGGUGCAGGCGUCGUCCAAGCAGAUCUCCGCCGAGGCGCAGUACAAAGGCAUGGUGGACUGUCUCGUGCGGAUUCCCCGCGAGCAGGGUUUCUUCAGUUACUGGCGUGGCAAUUUGGCAAAUGUUAUCCGCUAUUUUCCAACACAAGCUCUAAACUUUGCUUUUAAGGACAAAUACAAACAACUUUUCAUGUCUGGAGUUAAUAAAGAAAAACAGUUCUGGAGGUGGUUUUUGGCAAACCUAGCUUCUGGUGGAGCUGCUGGAGCAACAUCCUUAUGUGUAGUUUAUCCGCUAGACUUUGCCCGAACCCGAUUAGGUGUUGAUAUUGGAAAAGGUCCUGAAGAGCGACAGUUCAAGGGUUUAGGUGACUGUAUUAUGAAAAUAGUAAAAUCAGACGGAAUUGUUGGUUUGUACCAAGGGUUUGGUGUUUCAGUUCAGGGCAUCAUUGUGUACCGAGCCUCCUAUUUUGGAGCAUAUGACACCGUUAAGGGCUUAUUACCAAAACCAAAGGAAACCCCAUUUCUCGUCUCCUUUUUCAUUGCUCAAGUUGUGACCACAUGCUCUGGAAUACUCUCUUAUCCCUUUGACACAGUUAGAAGACGAAUGAUGAUGCAGAGUGGUGAGGCUGAACGACAAUAUAAAGGAACUUUAGACUGCUUUGUGAAGAUAUACCAACAUGAGGGAAUCAAUGCAUUUUUUCAUGGUGCCUUCUCCAAUAUCCUUCGUGGUACAGGGGGUGCUUUGGUGUUAGUGCUAUAUGAUAAAAUUAAAGAACUCCUUAAUAUUGAUAUUGGAGGCAGUUCAUCAGGAGAUUAAAUUAAGAAAUGCAUAUAUUUAAUUUGUUAAACAUACAAAUUAUAUAGCUGCCAUUUGUAUGUAUUUUGAUACUGUGUUAUUGCUGUCAGUAUUUUUAGAGUACUAAUUCUAUAAUAAAGCAUUUGCUUUUUCAAGAA